UCAAACAGUUUCCUGUUAUGUUUUGUUUUCUUGUUGUUGUUAGAAUAAUUGAGAAUUUCACAAUGAAUUGGAUUUUAUUAGAAUUAUUCUAAUUUCAAAUUUAAUCUAGAGCAGUAAUAAUUAAUAAUCUAUAUCUUAGAAUAAGAAUUCCGUGAUUUCUCCGACGCCACGCUCAUCAUAUGAUGCGUGUAGUCGUAAUGUCGUAAUGUUAAUGACCGAGAGUCAGUAGUCAGUCACAAGUCAGUGUAAGUAAUUGAGUCUAAUGGCCAAAUGGCAGUUGAGUUGAUGAGUGUACACUAGAUCUUGAUUUCUAUUAAAAAAUUUAAAAUAACUUGCCACAGAAAAACAAGAUGGUUGAAGUAUCUAGUGACUUUCGUAGCCAAAUUUCUAACAUAAUUGCUGAUGGAAACAAGCCAGAAGCAUGGAAGGAAUAUAUAGACAUAGUUAAGAACAAAGUGGAGACUUUAAAUGAAUUCAAGGAGAGAAAAAAUAACAUCCUUAACUACAUGUAUAAGACAGCAUUCAAGAUGCUGCCAGAAACUGAUCAGUCAUUAUCAUAUGCUGAGUUAUACAUUGAUUAUGUGAUGUUUAAAAGCAGUUUAGAAAGUCUAGAAGAUGCUGAAAAAAUGAUGUCCUUUGCACGUAGAAGGAUGCGUCGUUUUUCUGUCAUUCACGUGGCUAGCGCCCAGCUUGAACUUAAAAAAGGUAACAAAGAUAGAGCAAUUCAAAUUCUUCAAAGGGCGCCUUCUGUAGGUGCCAGGCCCCUUGCUUAUUUAACUGUUGCUCUAAGGAGGAUUUAUGAAGGAAAAACAAUAUUGCUGGACUCUGAACUUGAGUCAACAGAAUCAGCUGAUGUUGUUAGCCCAGAAAAUGGUAAAGAAUUUUCUGAGGAUUGGACAACUUCACAGUACACUGGAACAUUUGAGACAAAUAAAGAAGUCAGCCAAUCAGACACAUUGGAAGUACAAAAUGCUCUUGACUUGAUAACAAGACAAAACAUUCAACAAAUUUCCUCAUCAUCAGCCAAAGCUCAACUUAGUCAGCUAGAGGUGAAACGUGAACUAAGCCUAGGCUCUAACUCUUUUGCACAUAUUUACCAAACACCCCAGCAACAACACCAUAAUAAAGAAAAAGGUGAUUACAGUACAACAAAGAGAACCUUAAGCCAUUACUACAGUACCCCAGAAUUAAGACACAAUGUUGGCAGUGUGAUAAAAAGAUCUGUCAGAAAAUUUCCUUUAGCUGAUUUGGGUCCUCCCAGACGUGUGAAGAUAAACCCCAAUGCCAAAAAUCAAGAAUCUGCUGAUGAUGACACUGGUGAUAGUUUAGCCUCAGCUAACCCGAUAUUUCACUCUCUCACCAGACCACCUGCCUUAAUAUCUAGCUCUGGUAAUUCUGUGAGUACCAAAGAUAAGCUGUUUGAGCCUGUGGGAUCUCAGGUUUUGAACAAUAAAUUAACACAUCCAAUUACUAAAAAUGAGUCUAACUCACAUAUGAGUGUACCUAACUCAUCUCUCACAUUUGGCUGUAAUGCUGAUUUGGGCAGCUGCCCAAAGCUGUCAAAUGAAACAUCAAACACUGGUACCAAUUCAUAUUUUGAAAGAAAUCAAACUAAAGAAAAAGUAGCAGAGGAAAAUAUUAUAGCAAGGUCAGAAUUACCGGAUGCAAUAACUCAUAAACAAUAUGAGCAUGCAGUAGCUAGAAAGCUAGCUCUUCACAAUGAUUCUUCAAAUGUACAAAAGGCAUUCACCUAUAAACUACCAGAUAGCAAUUUAGCUCAAAAUUAUGUUCCACCUGUAGUAGAAGAUGAAACUUGGAAAAAACAACAAAAUCAAUUGAAACAUCAGUUUGGAGGUGCAAACAAUUUACAAAGCUCAGUUCCUCAUCAGACACCCUCUGCAUCUGUCUUGACACAGGACCAAAGUAAUGGAAUUAGUAAUGAAAAGACAAUAUAUGUUAAUAAUGUUCCCUACAAAGUAUUGCGUCUUGUUGGUCGAGGGGGUUCCGCAAAAGUCUAUCAAGUCUUUGAUCCAACAUCUAAUGUUAUUAGAGCACUAAAGGUUGUGAACUUGAUGUGCUCUAAUGACAUCGUUAGAGAAGGUUAUAAAAAUGAAAUCAGUCUUCUUAAAAAGUUACAGCACUGUGAUCGUGUCAUCAAACUCUUUGACUCUGAGUAUGUAGAGGCAAGUGAGAAACUUCUUGCAGUUUUAGAAUUUGGAGAAACAGAUUUAGAAAAAUUCAUCUCUAAUAAUGUAAAAAGCCAGAAAGAACUAUCACCUAUUACAGUCUGUUACUAUUGGUCACAAAUGGUUACUGCUGUACAUGCAAUGCAUCAAGAAGGUGUAAUCCAUUCUGAUCUUAAACCGGCAAAUUUUAUCUUGGUGUCUGGGAAUGUCAAAUUGAUUGAUUUUGGUAUUGCAAAUUCACUACAACAAGAGUGCACUAGUGUUUUAAAAGAAAAUAGAAUUGGCACGCCUAGUUACAUGAGCCCUGAAGCCCUCAUUGCAAAUAAUUCAACUCCCCAGCCAAGAUUCAAGGUUGGGAAGCGCAGUGAUGUUUGGUCUUUAGGUUGUAUAUUAUAUUUGAUGGUUUAUGGUCACACACCUUUCCAGCAUGUUAGAAAUAAAAUGGAGGCCAUCAUAAAUCCAGCACACAUUAUUCCCUUCCCUGACAAGGGGGAUCCAGCAUUAAUGGACAUUUUAAAAAAGUGUUUAAAUCGUGAGGUGUCCCAAAGGCCAACUACUGAUGAAAUAUUAAUGCAUCCUUAUCUCCAAAAAAAGACUAUAGGAGAAAAGCCUGCCCCUAAUUUGCAAUCCAAGUUAAGUCAAUUAAAAGCUGAUAUUUCGGUUGCUUCUCCAAGAACAAAACAAGCAUUAAUCAAGAGCCUGAAGGAUUUUGCAACCGGUCUUGAGUAGCACAAAGAUCAAGUGAUGAAACAAAUGUGUAAUUGCUGUGAAAAAAUUGUUGGAAUAUAUGUGACUUAAAAAGGUGUAACAAUAUCUAAUUUCAAUUAUUUUGUUUAUAAUUUGUUUUAAAUGUACAUUGUCAUGCAUUUAUCUCUCUCAGACAUAGUCUGAAUGUAUUCUGUGUGUGCUGUACUGGGGGUUAAACUACUUUUGUUUUUCAAAAAACCU